GUUUCCAAAAUCUCCAAACCGUAGUUUCCAAAAUCUCCAACGAGGAAAAGAAACUGCCUCAAACACUAGUAACAAUAUCUAACAAAAUAAAUUUCUCUAAUCAAUUAAGAUUAUUAUUUUUAUUAAAAAAAAAUGGUGUUUUCACGCGAAACGUUACCUUCCUGCACCACCGUUUUAUCGGCGGUGGCGUCUCUCACCGCCUCCGCCGUCCUUCUCCGCACCAUCGCCACCGAUCUCAUCCCCGCCAAAAUCCACGACUACUUCUUCUCAUCCCUCUCAAAACUCUCCCACCGCCUCUCCUCCCAACUCACCGUCGUCAUCGAAGACUUCCAAGGCCUCACCUCCAACACCAUGUUCGACGCCGCCAACAUUUACCAAGGCACCAAGCUCUCAUCUUCGACUCGCCGAAUCAAAGUGAACAAGCUCGAUAAAGACGAACAACUCUCCGUCACCGUCGACAGAAACCAAGAUAUUGUCGAUCUCUUCCAAAACGUGAAGCUCAAAUGGAUUCUACAGUCCACAGCAAUCAAAUCGUCAUCAUCCAAAGCCGAUAAUGCCAGAACGGAGCUGCGAUUCUUCGAGUUGAGCUUUCAUAAGAAACACAAAGAUAUGGUGUUAAAUGUUUACUUAAAUCAUAUAUUGGAACAAGCCAAGGCGAUUAAAGAGGAGAGAAAGGCGGUCAGAUUACACACGGUUGAUUACAACGGGACCGAUUAUUGGAGCUCGGUGGCUUUAAAUCAUCCGGCGACGUUUGAUACGAUGGCGAUGGAUGAAGAGAUGAAGAUGGAGUUGAUGGAGGAUUUAAAUCGGUUUGUUAGUAGGAAGGAUUACUAUAGGAGGGUUGGGAAGGAUUGGAAGCGAGGGUAUUUGUUUUACGGGCCGCCUGGGACGGGGAAGUCGAGUUUGGUUGCGGCUAUGGCGAAUUAUCUCAACUUUGAUGUAUAUGACUUGGAUCUGAGGGAAGUGCAGUGCAAUUCGGAUUUGAGAAGGUUGCUGAUUGGUUCGGCAAACCGGUCCAUACUUGUGAUCCAGGACAUUGAUUGUAAUGUUGGGGUGCAGAAUCCGGAGGCGGAGAGUGAAGGCAGAACGGUUGAGGAUGACAAGAUUACUCUCUCUGGACUGCUCAACUUCAUCGAUGGCUUGUGGUCGAGCUGUGGGGAUGAGCGGAUAAUAGUGCUUACAACCAAUCACAAGGACCGGCUCGAUCCAGCAUUGUUGCGACCUGGCCGCAUGGACCUACACAUUCACAUGUCUUACUGCACCUUCAACUGCUUCAAGACACUAGCAUUUAAUUAUCUAAAGAUAGAAGAGCACCCGCUAUUUGGAGAGAUCAAGGAGUUGUUAAUGAAAGUUCAAGCUACGCCUGCUGAGAUUGCAGGACAACUAAUGAAGAAUGACAAUGCUGAAAUAGCACUUCAAAAUCUCAUCAAACACCUCCACAACAAGGAAACACGGCAUGACCAAGAUGAAACAAUAAUGCAGCAAGAACAACUCAAGCUAGAGGGCACUAGCAGAGAGAACAAUUGAGAGAAGCAGAGAACAGACCUGCAACAGUUAUUUAGGGUUUUGACAUUCUUGACUAAAUACAACUUUAUUUUUUUCGAGUAUAGAGUGAGAUUUCAUUUAUUUAAUUCAGUAAAA